AUGAACAAGCAACUCUUAGAUUCUUUCUUCACUGAGAGCCAUAGAGGCCUGGUCCAGGAACGCCAAGUCCCGCGUUCCACCUCGGCCUCAGCCGGCCCCGGCCGCCGCGGCCCGAAGUGCCCUUCCCGCGGGCAGACGCGCGCGCAGGUCCCCUGCGGGGCCGGGCCGGCGGCCCGCACGGCUCACCGCGCGGAGCGGGGCCCGGCCGCCAGCGCGGCUCCACUCUGCGGCUGCGUGACCCAGGCCAGCGACUCGACCUCUCGGGGACCUGAUCUGUGGGAAGCCCGGGGACGACGAGCUAACUCCCGAGAGCCGGCGCUGAGGGCCGCUCGACCCCUCGGCUCCCCCGCGGCCGGGGCCGCCGGGACCGGCCUUCCCCACACGCCCCGCCGCGCCCCGCCGGCCCGGCGCCGGGCGCCCCGCCACCUGAGGGGCCGGGCCCGGGGGCCGGGCGCGCGGCCGCGGGCGCCCGCCUGUCCCGGCCCGCAGCCAGCAGGGCGCAGGCUUCGCUCGCCCCAGAGGCCGCAGACAAAGCGAGCGGCGCCCGAAGGGGCCUGCGCGGCCGGGGGCGCGGGGGCCCGGGGCCGGCGCGGCCACCGUACGUACCCGGGGACCUGGCGCCUCCUGGGCGCGGCCGGACGUCCCUGCCGCCGCCAAAGCCAGACCGCGAUGAGGCCCGACCGCCGCCACCGCCGCUGCGGCCGCCGCCGCCGCCAGCGCGCGCACCCCGACCCGGAAGCGCACCGUAGAAGUCAGUGUUCUGGACGAAUUCGUGCUCGGCCGUCCUCCAGUGUGCUGGCCUAG